AUGGCGCACCUUUUCCCUCACCCUCGACGCAUUGUCACAGGCCAUGACAACUACGGCAAAGCCAUUGUCUUAGCGGACAGUGUGAUCCCCUGCGAGCCAACCAAAAUCAAAUGCAACUUUGCUGUUCUCUAUGAGACGCAUCAGUUCCCCGAAUCAAACGACAAGUGGAUGGAUCCGGUUGAGUCCCGUACUACUGAUUUAGCCAACCAGAAAGGCGUUGUCUUGCGUGUAGUUGACUUUCCACCACGCACAAAAACAAUGUUCCAUCGGACUGAAUCCCUCGAUUUUGGUAUUUUACAUGAAGGGGAAAUUACCUGUCAUCUUGAUCAUGAUGAACGUAUUGAUAUGAAGGCCGGUGACGUCUGUGUUCAAAGGGGAACAAUCCACGGAUGGACCAACUAUUCGGACAAACCGGCGAGGGUCUUCUUUAUCCUGACUGCUGCCAAACCAGUAUCUAUCGGAAACUGUAUAUUAGGAACAGAGGGGUUUGACAAGGAAGAUGUUGAAUCGGGGGGGACAGUGAGCGCAAAGAACUAG